GAAGAGACAAAGCUGAACAAAGAGUCAAGUUAUGGCGCUAGAAUAAAAAGCGGCAACAGCGCUGUUUUAAUCCAUUGCAGACCACACGAUCUCUGGAGGGAGGUUGUUUGAAACGAAAAUGUUGGACGUGAAAAUUAAUCGGAAGCUCCUUCCAAUUAAAUCACAUUAUUUCCUUUUUAAUGCAGGCACUGCUCCCUUAAUGCCUUAUAUUCCCACAUAUGCUAAACAGUUAGGUAUCCCUUCUAGUGGUGUUGGAAUAAUGUACUCUAUAUUUCCGUUUGUCGGAUUGAUAGCUAAACCAUCCUUUGGUGCUUUAGCUGACAAAUUCAAGAAAGGGAAAUCCAUUUUUAUUUUAGCCAUAGUCUUUACAGCGCUAUUCUUUGGCUCUAUGGCUUUCAUACCUGCACAGUCUACGGAGGCUUUUAUGGAAUUAGAGUGCAGCAAUGGAACUUAUUUGAGAACCUGUAAUGUCAGUGAUGCCUGUGCUUUAGACAAAAUUGAAAUGGAAUUCCAAGACAAAGAGAUUAUGGAGUGUAAACUAGUAUGUACAGACCCCAACUAUUUAUUUCUAGAACAAAUCUGUAGUGAGUGGAAUGUUAGCGAAAUGUGCUACACAAAUCAGACUCAUAUAGAGAUGACUACCUAUACCAAUAUUACUCACAGUAGUCUCGAUCAAAAUUGUGUUUAUUUCCCUGUAGAAAAAAUAGUAUUAAACGAGACUGCCAUUGAAAACCCACAAUGUAGUGGAGCCCCAGCUAUCAAGUGUUCAGUUGUUUGCAACAGCUCUACAGUCAUGGACUACAUUCAAACUGCAAUCAUUGAGCAGAUAGCUGACCCUUAUUACACCACCAUCCAAUUUCAAAUGCUAUUUUUUUUAAUGGCCGGGGCGUGGGCAGCCCAAGCCGUGGUUGUCAGCCUUUCUGAUGCAAUUUGUUUCAAUCUUCUGGGAGACAAGCCCGAGAACUAUGGAGCUCAAAGGCUUUGGGGGGCAGUUGGAUGGGGCCUUAUGGCGAUUAUCGCUGGGUACUUGAUUGAUCUGGCGAGCGUUGGACAGCUUCAAAAAGAUUACACGCCAAGCUUUUACUUGGUCGUCAUCAUUCUAGCCAUCAAUGCAGUGUCCGUAAUAAAAAUCAAGGUUGACUACCACCAAGAGCCUUAUCAAACGGAAAAAAUUCUAGUUCUUUUCAGAAAUCUACGAGUUGUCUUGUUCCUGUUUAGUUGCAUCACCUUUGGCAUGUGUAUCGGAUUAGUAUGGCAGUUUCAGCUAUGGUUUUUAGAGGACUUGGCAUCUGCUCAAGGCUGCGAUUCAUUAGAGUGGAUCAAAUUACUGCAAGGGUUAGCCAUGGGUGUCCAGUGCUUUCUUGGGGAGGCUCCCUUUCUCUUUUUAUCAGGAAGAAUUUUAAACAAACUUGGACACGUUCAUACUAUGACAAUGAUUUUAUUGGUGAUGGGCAUUCGACUUGUAGCCUAUUCAUACCUGGUGAACCCGUGGUACACGUUGCCUAUCGAUUUGCUCAACGGAUUGACAUUGGGCGUUUAUUGGUCCACCAUGGCAUCAUAUGCGAAUUUGAUCGCACCACCUGAAGGCACAAGUACAUUGCAAGGAAUUUUUGGUGCCUUAUUUGAAGGAAUAGGUACGUCGAUUGGCAGCUUGCUUGGUGGUUUUAUCUAUGAAAGCUAUGGUGGUGCUAUCAUGUUCCGGUCCUUUGGAAUCUAUGCAUUAAUCUACGGAACCCUUUACUCUCUCUGCCAUUUUGCGAUGGACUACAAGAAACCAUCUUCGGAAACCAGAUACUCGUUGGAUGGUACAGAGCAUGAAAUUUCAGUGAAAGAUUUUCCCUCCGAUGGCAGAUUUUUAUCGAAUUACGGUUCGUUAAUAACUGACGAUACUCAUUCUAAUUGAUCUACUUUGUCCAGCUUUCGUACUCCAAAGCUAAAAGUUUUUCGUUUACUUAAAUGUGAUUUUUAAAAUUCCCUUUAUUUUGAUAGAAUCUCAUAGACGAGUCAGCAACCAAAGUUCGCCUUCCAUAGUUGAUUUCCAAAAAAAUAAGAAGUAUUAGCUUAGUAUUUGAAAAAAUAUUCUAUCGACCAUUCCAACAUAUUUUGACAAUCGAAUAAUUCAAUACAAAUUUAACCAAAGA